UAUUUGUUUUUGCAAAACGUUUGAAGACAAAUGGGAAACACACAAAGCAAUCAAGUGCAGAAGGUUGAAGAUAAUGAAGAGGUAGGGGAACAAGUAAGAUACAGAAACAAAGGAUCAAAGAGGCCACACAAUGAUUCUAGAGGUUCAAAUGAUUCAAAUUCAAGUAACAGAACUAGUAAAAGAAUAUCAGGACUAUUUGGCACGAGUUCAAAAACAGGCGAGAUUCGAAGGGAUACAUUUGUAGCUGCUCUGGAUAUUGGAACUACAUUUUCAGGCUAUGCCAUAUCCUUACUCACAGAUUACAACAAAGAUCCCUUGAACAUCCAGACGUUCAACUGGAUAUCACGUUUUGAUGGACACGUGACGUAUAAGAUGCCGUCGGAUCUUUUACUUCGACCAGAUGGUACUUUCCAUAGUUUCGGAUACGAUGCUGAGUAUAAUUAUGCGAACCUUCCGACAAGGCAACACAAGUUGUGGUACUACUUCAAGUCAUUCAAGAUGAUGCUGUAUGAAUCGCCUAAACUGAACCGGUUCACAGUAAUUAAAGACGUCACUGGAAAGGAGAUUUUUGCAUUGGACGUGUUCUGUUACUGCAUCUACUUCCUGAAAAAUGAUAUUAUGACGAAACUUCAACAACAAAUCGACAUCGUACAGGAAAGUGAUAUUCACUUUGUGUUAACUGUACCUGCAAUAUGGAGUGACAAAGCGAAACAGUUUAUGAGAGAAGCUGCUGAAAGGGCAAGGAUCGAAGGAUCUAAGCUCAGUCUGGCUUUAGAACCAGAAGCUGCUGCUAUAUUUUGCCAACACGUACCAACUACUAGACAAACAUAUAUCGGAUUUCCACCCUCCCUAACAUCAGCAAAAGACACAACAUUAAAGUAUCUGGUGGUAGAUCUUGGAGGUGGUACUGUAGACAUCACUGGUUUCCACUCUACACCUGACGGAGUUCUGCGAGAGUUGAUGUCAGCAAGAGGAGGGGACUGGGGUUCAAAUGCAAUAAACGAUUCAUUCGUGAAAUACUUAGGAAAUAUUUUUACUUUUAAAGUGAUAGAUGAAUUCCGAUCUAACCAUCCAGAGGAAUAUAUGAAUCUACUUGCAUCGUUUGAAAGGAAGAAAAUAGUGUUCGACCCAGAAAAAGACGAUAGAGUGACGUUGUCUUUCCCUGUCACACUUAGAACUGCGAUCAAAAAAGAAUUCGAAAAAAAACCCGAAUUAUAUUUACAAGAUUCACCGUUUUCCGAUUCCGUUCAAAUUAUACAUGAUAAGAUGGUUAUUUCUAAAGACGCCUUUGCCGAAUAUUUUGCCGAAACCAUUGCAGCACUUAUCAGAAGUUUGACGUGCCUACUUAGCAGAAACAAAUAUGGAAUAGAAACAAUACUUCUAGUUGGCGGCUUUGCAAACUGUCCAGUUCUGCAAAAAGCAAUACACAACAACUUCUCCAACUUCCGUAUCAUUAUUCCGCAUGAAGCUAAUGUAGCCGUAUUAAAAGGAGCAAUACUGUUUGGAAGAAAUCCACACACGGUAAAAGCAAGGGUAAUCAGAAAGACCUAUGGAGUUAGAAGUUGUAAUAACUACGAUCCCGAUAAACAUCCGCCUGAAAAGCGAAUUGUUUUAAAUGGCCAGUUAGUUGUAGGAAAUAUUUUCGACACUCAUAUCAUAUCCAACCAAAUAGCUGAAGUUGGACAAAAGUUUGCGCGGGAGAUUUACUAUCCAGUCAUAGACAGUCAGUCGACUGUUACUGUUGAGAUUUAUACUGCGGAUGGCAAGGCUCCCUUGUUUGUUACCGAUCGAGAAUCUUCUUACCUAGGAAAACUUGUGGUGGAACUUCAUUCAUCCCGAAAAAGUUUCUUGAAUACUAACUCUCGGAAGGUUCAAGUUCGAUUCAAAUUUGACGGAACAGAAAUCGAAGUUGAGGCAAUGGUGAUAAAAACAAAGGAAAUCGUUUCUGCAAAAUUUGAUUUUCUCGGGUAGCUAAGACAUUAAGAAAAGGAGUGAGUUCCCCAUCUGAGACCACAAAAAAAAAUGUAAAUAUAAACUGUUUAAUCAUUUGAUGGAACAGAAAUCGAAGUUGAGGCAAUGGUGAUAAAAACAAAGGAAACCGUUUCUGCAAAAUUUGAUUUAUUUGAUGUAUAUUCUCACCACUGUCAAAGAACACAAUUAUUUAUAUCCAGAGACGUAAAUGUGCAAUGCCUCCGUUUUAGAACUGUUGCAUCAAGUCAUAGACGUCUACGGGCAUUAAUAUUUUUGAUCAGGAGCUUAUAUACAAUUUUUGUCAAUGGAGAUCGUAAAUGAUAAAAGACACUGGAAAAGGUAAAGGGGUAAAAUGAAAACAAUGGGCCAUUCAUAUUUAUCCUGCACCUGUAACAUGCAUGUCAAUAUAUCAUAUAGCAAAUGUCCGUGAAAUUCGUAUUACCUCUAUUAAACAAUGAA